ACAUCUUUUGUGACACAAAUGUUCCGUCACUUUCGAUUAAUACUGUUUUUAUUCAGCAAGGACAUAUUCAAUUAAUUUCUUUAAAAAUUCAAAAUCUAGAGGUUUUGAAUUUACAAUAAAAAUGCAUGGAAACAUUUUCACAAUGUCAUAAACAGUCAACAUAAAGAAACAUUUUACUUUUCAAUCAAAAGUACAAUGCAAAACUAUUUUAAACAGCAUUUAAAAAAAAUAUGAUUUACUUUAAUACUUUUGAUAGCAUUUAAAAAGAAACAGUGAUUAAGAAACAAACCAUUAAUCCUUCAGAUCAUACAUUAAUUAUUGUCAUGCAUCUGUUAACAUCCAUUAUUACUGGAUUUUUUCCUUUAAAAACUAACUUACCUGUGUUUCAGGUCCUUCCCUAAUAAUUACUGGGACAAAUUUGUUAAGAGGAAGGUCAUCAAUAAAUACGGUGACUUGUACGGGGCUGAGCGCAUAGCUGAACUCCUGGGUCUGGAUAAGAGCGCUCUGGACUUUGAUCCCACCGAAGAGGCCGUGGUGAAGGAAGCCUCCCUGCUGUCCUGGUUGAGCUCCAUUGAUACCAAGUACCACAUUUGGAAAAUGGGGGUGGUGAUGACGGACAACUCUUACCUCUACCUGAUCUGGUACACCACCAUGUCGAUUCUGGGGCAUUACAAUAACUUCUUCUUUGCUGCUCAUUUGCUGGACAUUGCGAUGGGCUUUAAGACCUUGAGGACCAUCCUGUCUUCUGUGACUCACAAUGGCAAACAGCUGGUGUUGACCGUGGGCCUUCUAGCUGUCGUGGUCUACCUGUACACUGUAGUGGCUUUUAACUUCUUCCGCAAGUUCUACAACAAGAGCGAGGAUGAGGACGCACCUGACAUGAAGUGUGAUGAUAUGAUGACUUGCUACCUGUUCCACAUGUAUGUGGGUGUGAGGGCUGGCGGUGGCAUCGGUGAUGAACUCGUGGACCCGGCCGGUGACCCCUACGAGCUCUACCGCAUUCUGUUUGACAUCACCUUCUUCUUCUUCGUCAUUGUCAUUCUGCUGGCCAUCAUUCAGGGUUUGAUCAUUGAUGCCUUCGGCGAGUUGAGAGACCAGCAGGAGCAGGUGAAAGAGGACAUGGAGACAAAAUGCUUCAUCUGUGGAAUCGGGAAUGACUACUUUGACAGAAUCCCGCAUGGUUUUGAGACCCAUACCUUACAAGAGCACAAUCUAGCCAACUAUUUAUUCUUCCUGAUGUACCUUAUCAACAAAGAUGAGACUGAAUACACUGGUCAGGAGUCGUAUGUUUGGAAGAUGUAUCAGGAGAGGUGCUGGGAUUUCUUCCCUGCUGGAGACUGUUUCCGGAAGCAAUACGAGGACCUGCUGGGCUAGAGGACAAUACUGUUGUCCUCAGUCCAAACAUGAGAGAAGUCACAUGCUUCAACCUACAUGAGCUCCUAAAUGGAUUUUAGGAUCUUAUGUAGGUUGGAAAAAAACAUCCUAAACUCGCUCUCAUCUAAUGCUGCUCACCGAUUCAUACAAACAAAAAAAACCUCAGCUGUUUCUCCACCAGAAAUGACAGCGACAUACCGAGAACUCAUUGUGAUCAAGCCAAAAAUGUGAACUCAAGUACAACAUUGAGAAAAAAAGACAAAAAAACAUGUAGCACACAUUGCCAAAUUAAGACACAAGCCAUGUUUGAUAAAAAAAAAAAAAAAAAAAA